AUGGUAUGUCUCUCCCAAUCCAAGAUGCAUUUUGCUGAUAUCUGUCAGGCAUCCGAAUCCCGCCUCUACACCUUCUCACCCGAAACCAAAGAGAAGCUCCGUAAAUUCCGCCUCUCUACCUCCAGAGCAAAAGAUCCCCAGGCCAUAAUAUGUACGCAAUACCCCCUCUUCCUCUCUUCCUCCCUUCCCCCCCUCGCAGCUAACCCUACUCCACCCAGAUCAAAUCGUCAAAUCCACCCUCGAAAUCAAACCCGAUUCCCAAGAAGUCUACUCCAACCUGCAAGACCUCGCCGAUGAACUCCCCGAUAACACGCCCCGAUUCGCUCUCCUCUCCUACCCCUUGACGCUGGACUCCGGAAGACUCUCGGUACCCUAUGUCAUGAUCAAUUACUUGCCGCCGACGUGUACGAGUGAGAUGAGAAUGUUGUAUGCCGGCGCGAAAGAGUUGUUCAGGAAUCAGAGUGAGGCCGGGCGGAUUUUGGAAAUUGGGGAUGUGGAAGAAUUGGAGGGGAUAGAGGAGAAACUGAAGGGUGAGGAUUGA